AUGCACUCAUUUGGAGUUAUCUCCCGUGCCGCGCUUGUGCGAUCUGUGGCUUGAGGAGCGGUGUCGUAUAAUGAACACGUUGAGAGAGAACGUCCAUAAAUCGUUACUUCCCGUUGCUACGGACGCUGUCUCAGUCCGCGGGGAUUACCUUUAUUAUCACUACGGUUGUGAUGGGGUGGACGAUAGGGGAUGGGGAUGUGGAUAUCGGACACUUCAGACGAUGUGUUCAUGGAUCAAAGGGCAACGAGGGGAGAGCAUGCGCGAGGUUCCUUCAUUAACACAGAUUCAAGACGCCCUAGUUGCUAUGAACGACAAACCGAAAUCGUUUGCUGGUUCCAAAAACUGGAUAGGCAGCUUUGAAAUAUGUAUAUGUAUCGACUAUUUUUAUGAGGUUCCGUGCAGACUAAUUCACGUGACGUCGGGAGACAAACUGAUAGAAUAUCUACCUGACUUCCAAAAGCACUUCCGGGAGAUUGGCUCGGUCAUCAUGAUGGGCGGCGAUACGGACAAUGCCUCUAAGGGGAUUGUAGGGGUGUCGCUGGAAAAGAAAUCUCUGCUUAUUGUUGAUCCUCAUUACUUUGGGAAUGUGACGUCAUUACAAGAACUCUGUGACGACGGCAUGGUGUCUUGGCGACCACUAGACUCAUUUAUGGAUCAUUCCUUUUAUAAUUUUUGUCUACCGCAACUAAAAGCAAAGUAAUGGCAUAAAAUUAAAUGUUAUCUCUGUUUUAAGAUACGUAUGAAGAUAUGACGAUAAUUACAAUUGAUUUUAUGAGGAAUGGAAAGUCCAAAAAAAACCAAAGAUAUCCUUCUGCGGAGCUAUUGAGAACGUAAGGUUCGGAUUGCGUUUCUGGUCAACAUCCAUACACUUCCACACGAAGACCUGGUUUCCCACCAUUGUGCCAUGUUAGCGGAACAAACCGGAUGAACCUUGCACUGAUUCUGUUGGGAAGGUAGUGUUUAAUCACCGAGUCGUAAGCGCUGCUUCCAAAGAAUUCCUAAAAUAGACAUGAAAGCGCUGAAACGCGACUGCAGAUGAACUCGACGCGACAGAAGUACACCCUUAGACUAUCAAGGCCAAUUCUCAUGGCGAAUUUUAAAAGCUUGAGGUGAAACAACAGCAGCGUUAACACCAUUUCGCAUUUGUAGUCACAUAGGUUGAUGACUCUGUAAAUUGAAUUUACAUGCAGAGUGAGUGUACCUUUGGGGAUCCGUUACUCCCGAUGACGUCGUGGAAGUUGUUUCCGUCUGUGCUAUAUUGAAGUUUGUACGACAGUGUGUAGUAGGUGGAAGACCGAUAACCCUGUGUAGCGACUGAGUGAACAACCCGUGUCUCUCCCAGGUCAACCUACACCAAACAAAUAACAGAUUUGUUUUACAUGUUAUAUAUUUAUAUAUAUAUAUAUAUAUAUAUAUAUAUAUAUAUAUAUAUAUAUUGUCACUGUUCGUUAUCUUCACCUUUCAUAUAAAGACGAUUAAUUGAAAAUAAAAUUGAUAUAUUGAU